AUGAGUAGAGAGAGAGAGAGAAUUUUACUUGAGUUAUCUCUGGAGCAACGUAAAGGGAGCAAUGUAGAUCAUCACUGGAAGAGUGUCUCGCAUGACAGCACCAGAUCUCGCUUGAGUGUCCGUAAAGCAACUGUCCGUAAAGCAACUGUCCGUAAGGCAACUGUCCGGAAGGCAACUGUCCGGAAGACAACGUACAGCAUCGCCAGAUCUCGCUUGAGUGUCCGUAAGGCAACGCGCAUCGUAGAGAGAGUCUCGCUUGACAUCACCGGAUCUCGCUUGAGUGUCCGUAAAGCAACUGUCCGUAAAGCAACUGUCCGUAAGGCAACUGUCCGUAAGGCAACGCAACGUAGAGCAACGCAACGCUCGAGAGAAAAAGGGGCUGGCGGUCUUGUCCUCGAGGACGUCGAGCUCCGAGUUGAUCUCGUCGAUGAAGCGCGGCGAGUAGCGGCCGCUCUGCGUCACCUCGGCGGGGAACUGCAGCUCGAGCGCCGUGGACUUGAGGAAGCGCUCGGCGCGGCGCAGCAGGAACUUGACGAGCUUGUCCCACUCGGGCUCGUCGGCGCGCGGGGCCACCGACGAGCGCAGCUGGGCGCGCGGCAGCCGCACCACGCGCGCGUUCUCCGUCAUGGGGUAGGCCGAGGCGAGCGCGCGCGACUUGAAGCACUCGGCCAGGUCGCCCGUGAGGCACGCCGCGUUCGCCUCAGCCAGGUACGGCCCGAUCCAGUCCAGCAGGUUCUUGCCUGGGGGGAAACCGCGUGUGCGCGACGUUCCCGAGCAGAACCUACCUUCUCUGAGCCCUCCCAGCGAGCGUCCUUCGCCCAGCGGCAGCCCUUCGCCCAGCGACCUUCCUUCCCCGGGCGCGCGCUCUUCGCCGAAGGUGACGCGGCUGCCGUUGGCGGGCGGGCCGGCGACGGCGAGGGCGAGGGCGGAGAGCAGCGCCAGGGCGGCGCCCUGGCGGCGGAGCGGUGCUCGCUGCAUAGCGCAGCCUCCUCGACUGCGGCGGUGGCGGAGGUGGUGGCGCGGGGCCGCGGCGCUAACGGGACCGGCGCUGGCGCUGUGGGGCUGCUGGCGGCGGCGGAAGGAGAAGGGGGCGUGGCGUCGCGCGUCGCCGGCCACGCGCCUCCGCGCGUCACACAUACGGCGCCGGGUGGGGGGCGGUCGCCCCUGCGUCGAUGUAUGUGUGUUGCGUGCCGCUGGGCACGAACGUCGGAACUCACAUUUUGUGUGUGUAUGUGUGAGUGUGGAGUCCGUCCGUGUGCGUGUGUAUGUGUGAGCCCUGUGAGCACUCUUCACUGCGAGUAUUGGGGUGUCUGUUGUAAGGGCACAUACAGUACGUGUGUGUGUGUGUGUGUGUGUGUGUGUAUCAGAGAGGUAGGUAAACAGGGAGGGAGUGGAAGAGGAAGAGAGGGGGUGGGAGAGAGAGUGUACACGUACUCACCGUGGCCGGAACACUGCGGGCUCGUCGUCGGCGAGAACGGGGGCUGUCGUAUUUAUUGGCGGUGGCGCUGCCGGGCGGCGGCCGGGGGCUGGCGGGGCCCAAUGAAGGAGAAAGCGCAUCCUUUUGCCGCCCGCGCUCCGUCUCCGAGAAAGGCUCCGCCCGUCAUGGGGUGGGGGAGGCGGGCGUGGGCGUGGUGCACGGCGAGGAGCACGGUGGUUCUCUCACAUCCGAUUCCGGGACGAAACAUAGCGGGGUCGUGGCUCUUGGUCGACGAGCUGGGAUUUCUCACUACCAGGUAUCUCCCACCAGAGGGGCACCUCUCCAGUCGGGAGAAGCUCAAAGCUCCCGUCUGGUCUCCCGACAUGUUUUGUUGUGUAGUGCAUAUGAGUGUAAGUAAUGGAGGAAGGAAAGAUGGCACGCUGUCCGGACACUGCAGUGAUGCCCUGAGCCACCUUCGCCUGUCAUCCGUGGUGGGAAGGUAUCCCACUGUGCGUGCCCGUGGUGUCCCGCCGGAUCUUCUCUUCUCCGCGCCGCGCCGCGCCGCGCCGCUCCCGGGAGCGCCGAAAGGGAAAGUGGCGGGGAAGGUGGCGGCGGCGUUGACGCGCCGUUGCGCCGCCGCGCGAGCCGGAUGCGGCGCGGCCUUUGCUGGUUCCGGUCUCCGCGCGCGCGAACACACGCGUCUCUUCCCGCUCCGGCUCGGGCGAAAUGGGGGAAGACGUGUUAUGUCACAGGAGGGGCCGGAUUCGCGCGCCGACCUACCGUUGGCUAGCGAGGUUUUUCCCAACUGGGUUUCUCCCACCAAGGCAAGAUCUAAUCUCGCAGCAUGUAUGAUAGUGAAGAGAAGAAAGAAAGAUCGCGCGCGGUCCAUGGCGCGUUUUUAG